GGUUGUGCAGUAAGUACUUGAUUGCACGACUCGGCUCGUUCUGGAUCUGAUAAUGACUAGAACGCGCUACUUUACUUUUAACGAUCAUACUAAUCAUCAAUGACUAUCUCUAGUGGGGAUCUUGAUAAUAUGUCGCCAGUACAAUCUGCACGCGACUUUGUCCACGAGUUUCAAAAAAAAUCGGACGUGUCGCUCAACUACCUCGAGGUACCGGGCGGUCAUCACUGCUUCCAAGUGUUCUCCUCGCCUAGGAGCUGGUACACUGUCAUUGCCAGUGCAGAGUGGUUGACGUUCAACUUCGAUCGAAAGACCAAGGAAUCGUCCGCCAGGAAGAAGGUUCAAAUUCAUGAACUUGUGGAAUGGGAUUGGUCUCUUUAGUAAGCACAUUUCCGUUACACAGCAACAAACACUUGAGAUAAAAUAUGUCUGUUGCCGCGAGCGCCUGUCUCACGGUCUGUCGACUUUAUAAUCGAACGCACAUGCAGAUUUAUGUGUAACUCGAGUUGACAAUCUGAAUCAGCAUCACCUGCUCCUGUCAGGACCCGGAUG